CAUUCUGUGCAAGGCUGCGGUGAGUGAGUGUGUUCUGGACCGGGUUAGCUGAACUCAGGCCUUUGGAGGAUGGCAAUCAAUUUGUGGAAUUUGGCCUGGAUUUGGCUGGCUUUGCAACACACCCCAAGCGCUGCAGCCGGGGGACGGAGAGAACAGACAUGGCCAGUGCCGUACAGACGAUUUGAUCAUCGACCUAAGCCUGAUCCUUUCUGCCAGCCCAUGUACCCAUUCUGCCCUACAGGCUCUCCUGAUGGGCAGAUUCCUCAGAUGAAAGAUCAGGACAUUAUCGAGGUUUAUCGGCUUCAGACCCCUGUCUGGGAGUUCAAAUACGGAGAUCUACUCGGACAUUUUCAUAUCAUGCAUGAUGCAAUUGGUUUCCGGAGCAUGCUGACAGGCAAAAACUAUACUAUGGAGUGGUAUGAACUCUUUCAGCUUGGGAAUUGCACCUUCCCACAUCUUCGACCUGGAAUUGAAGCUCCUUUCUGGUGCAAUCAGGGAGCGGCCUGUUUCUAUGAGGGAAUAGAUGAUUUACACUGGAAAGAAAAUGGUUCUUUGGUAAAAGUAUCCGAAAUAACUGGUGACAUUUUCAACAAACUAGCCCAGUGGGUGAAGGAGGAUAACAGAACUGGUAUAUAUUAUGAGACAUGGACUGUUCAAACUGAUCCUUCUCCAAAUGCUACAGUGUGGUUCAAAUCUUACGAUUGUUCAGCAUUUGUUCUGAGAACCUACCAGACUCUGUUUGAAUUAGGAGCUGUCUUUAAGAGCCCUAUACAAACAAACUAUACUAGAAUAUUUCUUUACAGUGGUGAGCCAACCUACCUUGGAAAUGACACAACCAUAUUUGGGUUGCAAUGUAACAAGACUUUAGGAAAAGAAAUUACUUCCUUUUAUUUUCCUUUUAGACCACCACAUUCCGUGCAGGAACUGAUACUAAGUCUGUUAGAAAUAGUCAAUAAGGUUGUACUGGAGAAAACCUUUUAUCUUUAUUUCAAUUUUGAGUAUUGGUACUUGCCAAUUAAAAAACCCUAUGUUGAAAUAACCUAUGAAGAAAUACCUCUGCCGUCGAAAUCAACAGGUGCUUAGCAACAUGUGCAGAAGGAAAACAACUGCUGAAAUGUAAGCUUUGGCACUAUUUUUGUAUAUCAAUCCUUUUGUAUCUUACUGUGUACAAAGUUAAAGCUAUUUAAUAUUUUUGUUGUUUCCCUUGUAUACUGUAGAAAACAAUUCUGCAUCAGAGUUGCAGAACAAGGUACAAAAACAAAAUUGUUAAGCAAGUUAAAAUGAGGAAUGAUAGUCAUUAACCUGCAUUCAUUUCAAUGCCAGAACCUUGACAGGUAAGGCAGAUAAAUCCAGAUGAAGGGGUUGGCAACAUGGGAGUGGGUAUCAUAGGUAUUACUAACAUGAUUUGUAGAUGGACAAGACUGGAGGCUUAAUGCUGCAUGGUAUAGAUACUAUAUGAUGGGUGAGGGGGGGGGGGGGGUGUGGAGGAGUUGAAUUUCUGGUUAGAGAUAACAUGGUUGUACUUAGUGAGGAUAUUCCAGGGAGUAGGUCCAGUGAUUUUAGUUGGGUGAAACUGAGAAAUAAGAAAUAGCAUCUUAAUAGGACUGCACUAUAAACCUCUAGCAGUCAGUGGGUAAUAUAAGGAGAUUUUAGAUAUAAGAAUAAUCAGGUUGCAAUUGUAGGGGAUUUUAAUUUUCCAAACACAGACUGGGACUGCGAGUGUUAAGAGCUUGGAUAGAGAGGAAUUGGUUAAUUAUAUACAAUAAAAUCUUCUGAUUUCAGUAUUUGAAUGUACCUAUAGAAGGUGCAAAGCUUGACCUUCUCUUGGGAAAUAAGGCAGGGCAGGUGACUGAGGUGUCAGUGGGGGAGCACUUUGGGGCCAGUGACCAUAAUUCUGUUAGUUUUAAAAUAGAUAUGGAAAGGAUAGACCUGAUCUAAAAGUUGAAGUUCUAAAUUGGAGGCAGGCCAAUUUUGACAGUAUUAAGCAAGAACUUUGAAAAGUUGAUGGUGUGGAUAUAUGUAGGUGAAAAUAUCAAGUGGAAACUCUUCACAAAUGGGAGAAUGACAGUCCAGAGUCAGUAUGUUCCUUUUAGUGUGAAGGGCAAGACAAGUGAAGAGAUUGCUGGCUGACUCGAGAAAGUGAAGGUCUGGUCAAGAAAAAGGAAGAACAUGUCAGGUAAAGAUAAGUGAAUCCCCAGAAGAGUAUUAGGAGUAUAUUUGGGGGAAAUCAGGAAGGCAAAAAGGAGACAGGAGAUAUCUUUGGCAAGUAAGGUUAGAGAGAAUCCAAAGAGAUUCUACAAAUACAUUAAGAGUAAAUGGGUAACUAUGGAGAGAAUAGAGCUCCUUAAAGAUCAACGCAGCAGCUUAUGUGUAGAACCAACAGAAGAUGGGCAAGAUAUCAAACACAUCACUGUUUUCUGUGGUGAAGGUCAUGGAAGCUAGCGAACUGGCAGAAAUGAAGUGAUACAUAUAUAGAUUGUCCAUAUUACAGCAGUGCUGCUGGAUGUCUUUAAACAAAGGUGGAUAAAUCCCCAGGACCUGAUCAGGUGUACUUUAAAUUCAGCAGGAAGGUAGGGAUGUGUUUGCUGGACCCUUUGCUGAGAUAUUUGUAACGUCAAUAGCCACGGGUGAGGUGCUGGAAGACUAAAGGUUGGCUAACAUGGCACCAUUAUUUAUUAAAGAUGAUGAGGAAAAGCCAGGGAACUACAGACUGCUGAGUUUGACGUCAAUGGUAAGUAGGUUAUUGGAGGGGAUUCCAAGGAACAGGAUUUAUUGUAUUUGGAAAGGCAUGUACUAGUUAGGACAGUCAACGUGGGUUUGUGGGGAAAGUCAUGCCUCACUAACUUUGAAUUUUUUGAAGUGAUUAAGACGAUUGACAGAAGCACAGCAGUAGAUGUUAUCUAAAUGGACUUCAGUAAGGUGUUCAAUAAGGUUCCAUAUGGUAGACUGGUUAGCAAGGUGAGAUCACACGGAAUGCAGGGAAAGCCAACCAUUAUGAUACAAAAUUGACUCAAAAGGUAGGAGACAGAGGGUGGCUUUUCAUAAUGAAUCCUGUGAUCAGUGGUGUGCCACAAGGAUUGGUGCUGUGUCUACUCUUUGUCAUUUAUAUAAAUGAUUUAGAUGCGAAUAUAGGAGGUAUAGAUGAAAGUUUGCAGAUGACACCAAGAUUGGUGGUGCAGUGGAUAUCAAUAUUGUUCAGAAUGUCAAACUUCUAUGACCUCUCAAAUUAAUGAUUCAACAUUACUACAGUUCAAGGAGUUGCAACGAGGACAGAAUGUUCUGCAACCUUUCUCAAUCUAAAAAAAAGUAUUGACUAGCAUAGUGCAACAAAAAUUUUUGCAGGUCUCCCAGUUAUGCCAGCCAAUUUCAAUAAUUAUAUGGUCAUUUAACUUCAACAUCACUGAAAGCUCACAAAGACUUAUCAAAUUAUGUAUUUAAGAGCUUCUUAAGCAAUUAAACACUUUUUUAAAUUGUGUUUUAGAGUGUAACAAUUGGAGCCCAAGGCCCAAUAAAAUUGAUGGUGGUUUGAGUUAUUGAUACAAGUUUAUUUGCUUUCUCUAUGCUAGUUAUAAGUACUAGCACCCAGAUCAUUUUCAUAACCUUUCUGAAGAGUACAAAUGCAAAGGAAACUCUGGGUAGGUGCAGGAAAUUUGUAUUCUGUACUCUUUCAAUGAUCUGUUUUAUGUAGACAAGAUUUACCUUGACAAUUUUGUGCAUCAUGCAGUAGUUGCCAGUGGUUAGGUUGUAUUAGAACAGCUUGGGUAGGAAUGGAGCUAGUUUUAGAAAAGACUUCAGUCUAAGCAUAGAUUUUCCAAACUGCUCUAAGUUGUAGUUCCAGAGUCUGAAGUUGAACCACCACUGACUUUGGCCUUUAUCAGAUACUUUGCCUGUAACCACAUAUCAUCUAGCUCAGCUACUGAUACUCUGCAAAUACCAAACACAGUCUUAUUAACAAAUUUUAGCCUUUUUGUUUGCAAUUAAACAGUGUGCAUUGUUAAUUUGAGUCACAUAUGAACGUAAAUCUGAAUAACACCAAGAAAUAAUAGAUGAUUUUAUGCAACAGCUCAAAGUAUGCCCAAUAUUCAACUGAACAGCUAUUUUAAAUAUAAACAAUUACUUUCCUACUUUUUAAAUAUGACAAUACAAGGAUGAUUCGACAAUUUCAUACAAUUAAAGGCAAGAGUAUAAGUUAUUGCAGUUUUAUUAACAGUUGAAAUUUGAUUCUCAAAAUAAGUCUUUUAAAAUGAACGCUAGACAACUAACUGUGAGCU